AUGGCCAUGAUACAGAAGUUUGGCAAGCCAGACAUAUUUCCGACAAUGACAUGCAAUCCAUCUUGGUCGAAAAUACAAUCAGAACUAUUGCCUAAACAAGUUCCAAAUGAUCGGCUAGAUCUACUAACAAGGGUGUUUCAUGCUAAAUUUGAAGAGUUAAAAAAAGAUGUUCUAGAAAGGGGAAUCCUUGGAAAGGUGGUUGCUUAUGUAUAUGUAGUUGAAUUCCAAAAGAGGGGUCUUCCGCAUGUACAUAUGUUGUUGAUCCUCGAACAAACUGACAAGCUAACCACUCCGGAUGACUACGAUAUAAUUGUCAGAGCAGAAAUUCCAGAUGAACAACGAGAACCGGAGUUGUACAAAAAAGUUCUUAAACACAUGAUUCACGGUCCACAACUCCUACAGCCAUGCCGUCAAAGCCACCUCGUUCUUCUAGGCCCUUCAUCUCCUUUUGAUAACUGA